AAUAGGUGUUUAUAAAUAAGUGCAUGUCUGCUCUGAAAAAAUUUGUUCGAAAUAAAAAUUUUCAUAUGUGACAUAGAUCUAAAUAUGAAGGAUAUUGAUGAUAUUGCAGCAAAUGCUGUCACUAAGAUCCAGGCAUGCUGGAGAGGAUAUCAGUGCAGGAAGAAGCUUCAAGAAAUAUAUGAUUGGUAUAAAAGUGUUGUUUUAGAAAUAGAUGGCGUUGAAACUGAAUAUCAGCAAGUAAGGAAUAACAAAUUGAACAUUUUAAAAAGGCCAUCUGCCGUUUCAAAGUCUGUAGAUCAAAAUGAAGAAAACAAAACCAAUAGUACAAGGUCUUCAAUACCUGAGAUUUUGGAAGUUGAUGUAACAUCAGAUACUUACUCAACAAAGUGUAAAUCUCCUAAUGAAAUUGAUCAGCAACACUUAUCGGACAGGAAGCGAGAUAUUGUGAUGGAAUUAUUUUGGGUUCAACAGGCAAUUGACAGCAGAAGAAAUUAUCUACUCCUAAAGAAUAAGAUAGAUUCAUGAUAUACAUUUAAAUUAGAAGAUACCCUCUUAUCGGAUUCGAAGUUGAACUUAAAUUUCACUAACAUAUAGUUGAAUUGUUUACUAUGACACGAAAGAUCGAUGUUGACAGCAAAUGCAAGAUAGUUCACAAAUUCAUAUUCAUUCCUCUGAGAAUGCAUGUAGUCAUUAGGCCAAUGCAUAUAGAGGAUUUUGAAUCGUUGUAAAGAUGCAUUAUUAUGUAUUAGGUGAAUUUUGAAUUUUUCACAAAUUUUUGCCAAAAGUCAAAAAUUUUCAUGGAGAUUAUGGUUUUAUUGAUGGGCACUUUUUUUGACAUUCUCAUUACCCAUUAUUCGAAUUCACCUUUUGCCAAAGCAACCAAUAAUCCGGAAUUGCGAUUAUUCAAAUUGUAUGUCAUAUCUUGCAAUACCCUCCUUUGUAGUAUUCUAUAUACGGUAUAUUUGAUUGUUUCCUCAUUUUAAAAUUAUGCGACAUAUCUUUUCCAUUGACAUAUACCCAAAUUGUCAAAUAGUUUUUUAAUGUUAUUGACUCGAAGAAUUUAAUUUCUUUACUAGCUGAGAUGCAAUUAUUAUUUUUAUAU